AUGUCGGAGGCUUACUUAGGGUGCCAGAUUCUCAACGUGGUGGCUGCGGAAGGAACCGAUCGGAUCGAGCGGCAUGAGACGCUGGUUCAGUGGAGGAAACGGUUUGGAUUAGCCGGGUUUGACCCGGUUAAUCUCGGGUCAGACGCGUUUAAACAAGCGAGUUUGUUAUUGGAGCUCUUCGGUGGCGGAGAUGGAUACAGAGUGGAGGAGAACGACGGAAGCAUAAUGCUUGCGUGGCAGACGAGACCGAUCAUCGCCACGUCGGCGUAG